AUGGGCCUUGAUCCUCGUUGGGAUGAUCUUAUCAUGACAUGUGUUUCUUCAGUAUCGUAUUCUUUUCUGGUGAAUGGCACUCUCAAAGGUUAUUUACAUCCUACCUGUGGAGUUCAUCGAGGUGAUCCACUGUCCCCCUAUCUCUUUCUCCUAUGCGCCGAGGGACUUUCAGCUCUCAUUGCUAAGCGGGAAAGAGAGGGAUGUUUCCGGUGUAUUUCUCUGUGUCGGGGGGCCCCAUCUGUUAACCACCUCCUUUUUGCAGAUGAUGGUUUUAUUUUUGCCCGUGCCACAGUUGAUGACUGCCAUACUAUCCGUGAUAUACUUGCUAACUAUUCUCAAGCCUCGGGACAACAAGUCAAUCUGUUGAAAAGCUCACUUUGCAUUAGCAGUAAUAUUAGAAGACCCAACCAAGACCUCCUCGUUGCGACACUUGGAGUGCAAAGAGUGGAUUUUCAUGACCGUUACCUCAGGUUUGCCUACUUUGAUCGGAAGAGAUAA